AUGGCAGAUGAUGAUGACUACAAUGACAUAGACAUGGGGUACGAGGAUGAUCCACCAGAACCUAACUUUGAGGGAAGUUCAGAGGUUGAGAAAGAUAGCAACUAUGAUAUUCCAUUUGAUGUUUUUGUUCCUGAAAUCAGCAAAAGUGAACAAGAAGUAGAUGAGCGACCUAAGAAAACAUCCAAGUACAUGACAAAGUAUGAGCGUGCAAAGAUUUUAGCCGCGCGUGCUCAACAAAUAAGCAUGAAUGCUCCCAUAUUUGUCAACCUUGAAGGUGAAACCGAUCCUCUGGAUAUCGCAAGGAAGGAGCUUCAGAAGCGUAAAAUUCCUUUCAUUAUUCGAAGGCAUCUUCCUGGUGGGGCUUAUGAGGACUGGAGAGCUGAUGAACUUAUAGUAGAUGACCUUUGGAAUCGAAAGGUUGCUGAUAAAUGA